AUGAUGGCCGUGACAGUGGACCUGGCCAUCUCCUGUGACAAUGUGCCCGAUGUCUGCAUGUCACCAGGCUGGCAAGGAGCUGGGGUGGAGAGAGCCAUGCUUGAUGUCAUCAGGCCCAAGAGGUCUUGUCCUGGCUGUACCUUUGCCUGCCUUGCUGUGGGUGCUCAGGCAAGACCUUUCACCUCUCUGAGCCUCGGCUGCCUUGGCCCAGCAGGGCUCCCCUGCAGGACGACCCGACAGCUCUCUCUCCCUCCCUUACUUCCUCUGCCCGUUUGCCGGGGCUAUGACAGGGCAGGCCCUCCACUUCUGAGCAGGAAGACUGGGGCACCUGAGUCCUGCUAA